UAGGGCAACGGUUUCCACAGUUUUCUUCCUCAAACUCAUAGUUUUCUUUUGCAUUAUCAUCAGAGCUACUGAAAGCCAUAAUCUUUCUGAGGAAUUGCAGUAAUGGCAGGCAGAGAAGUUCGUGAAUACACCAAUCUCAGUGACCCAAAAGAUAAGAAAUUGGGGAAAGGUAAAGAUAAGGUUGAUGAUGAAGAUGUAACAUUCCAACGAAUGGUUGCCAAGAUGCAAGAGGUUGCUGGAGAAAGAGGAGGCUAUCUUCAUGGACGAGGCGCCUUGGACAGUGAUGACCUUCUAUAUCUCAAGGAGCAAAUGGAAGCUGAGGAGGACGCCGAGCGUCUCCUUCGCCGUACUGAGAAGCGGGCAUUUGCUGCCUUUAAGAAAGCUGCAAGUUUAGUGGAUUCUUCACCUGCAAAUGUUCCCUUGCCACUUCGCGUUGAGCCGAAGCCAAAGAGCGGAAUCAGACAGCAAGAUUUACUAAGGAAGGUAGUGGAAAUUAAACCGAAACGUCAUAGAGUCUCGAGCCCACCUGAUGGGAAUCAGUCUACUCGGGGUUCAGUGAAUCUCAACUCAGAAUCUAAAAAUGAGAAUGAAAAGAAGUACCCAUUGUCGAAAUCAGAAGGCGAGAGUCGAGUAAAUAAUCCUGUUAAAGGUUUGUUAGGCUUAGCUUAUGAAAGUUCAGACGAUGAAGAUUGAAUAACAAACGGGCAAGAGUGAGUUAACAAGAUUACAAUUUGAGUUGAAGAAAGCUCUAUUUUCUGUAUUCGGAAGCGGUUAGAGUUAUUAGUAUCUUCUUUUUGGUCAUUCGGGACUUGUGGCGCAAUGGAAACAAUCGAGGAUCUUGAUCGUAAACCUCGUAAUUUUCGAAUGAAGGAAAGUCCAUUUUUGUAAACAUUCCCAACUUAGUAAAAACAUUCUUAGUGUUUUUCUAGUACUUGUUAAAGUGAUCUAUCACAAAUAAAUUAAACUAUGUUGAACUAUGUUUGACAUGAAUCUUUACUGUGUUUAUAUUGUGAAAGUAUGUACAUUUAUAACAACUUAAGAUCUUCAUUGCUAAA